CUGUUUUCAUAACCUAGGAAAGAAGUGCCGAUAUCAUAUGCGAGACAUCGUUCUCAAGUAAUCGGCUUUACCUCAAUGGCUGCCCGAACUCCUUCCAUCGCCCGCAACUCGUUCCGGGCCCGCGCGUGCGACAAUUGUCGGCUUCGGAAGAUCAAGUGUGAUAAAGUAGUUCCUUGUUCCAGCUGCAGCGCUCUUGGAGUCGCCUGUGGUCCGACAGGUACGCCUGUCACGUCUUCGGAGACACGCAGAGCCGAUUCCGACGAUUAUGAGCAAAGGUUUUCGGCAAUCCAAGAACAAUUAGCAACCAUUCAGCAAGCACUCCAUCAGAUAACAAAGCCACCAACUUCAGUACAGCCGGCUUCUCACCCAAUAGGCACCGGCCCAACAGCUCCUCCUUUCGAGGGACAGUCAUCUUUUCAUCAUGAGACCCUUGUAGCCAGGGACGCAGCGUAUUCCGCAGCAAAUACUGUCCGAGAUGGACAGAUUGGAGAUUAUGUGUCUGCUGCGCUCUCCUCUCUAAAAAGCAGCCUCGAUGGGCACAAUCACGCCGUGAAUCGAAAUAGAGCACAAUCACCUGUGCAACUAAACCAGACAUUGAUACCUGUUGAUCUGGUCAUAGCAGUGGUGAAGAAGGUCAAAUCUCAACCUCCCUUCUUCCUGGUCAGUCAAUCUUGGAUAGACUCAACCCGUGUGGAACAUCUAUGCCAGUCAAUAUAUUUCCCGCUGAACCCUGUCCCACCUGGCUCGCUCACGCUCUUCUAUGGUAUCCUGUUCUAUGUGAUACGCGAUUAUCUUCAUGCGGGAGAUCCCGAUCUGGCACACUUCGAUCUUCAAUCAAGCCUUGCGCUCUGUGAGCGCCACUUUGCCGCUGGCUUGAGCGGACCUGAGGUUAUAUCUGAACCGACUUUGGAGAAGAUACAGGCACUGUUGCUUGGGGUUCUGAAAGCCCAAGAGGAAACCGACGUCCAGCGGUGCUGGACCUUCCUUUCGCUGGCAUUCAAUAUGUGCCAGAGCAUCGGGUUACACCGACGUUCUACUUUGGAAAAGGAUGAGUAUAUAAUUGCUGAGGCGAAACGCCAUGCGUUCUGGGCACUUUACACCAUCGACAAGAAUAUCUCUCUCAAUAUUGGCGUGACAUCUCACUUUCAAGAUCACGAUAUCGAUGCAGACCUAUAUACUCCCUCCAAUGAUCCCAAGCAUCGUCCGUGGGAUCUAAUGGGGCUUGUCAUCGUCGAAUUCGCGAAUGUUCAGGGUAGAGUUUAUGACCAGCUGUACUCCACCUCUGCUUGUCGGGCAGGUGACGAGCAACGAUCAGCAUCGAUUGAGCGACUGUCCUCUGACCUAAUGACAGUACGGGACAAGCUUCUUGCGAUUGAUGUUAGUCGGGGUCUUUAUGCCGACUCCCUACAUGGAAUGGCAGCCUGUGCAGACUUUAUAGCUUACUCUGUGUUGACCGUCAUCUAUCGUGCACAAACCCAUCCACGCGACGUGAUGGCAGUUUCUUCUCAGUGCUAUGCAUCUGCGACUGCUGCUUUACAGAGUCAUCUCAAGUGCUUCACCUACUUCCGCGGUCGCCAGACACAUAAACAAACAGAAUACGUAAACUGGAUACUUCUCUAUCCUUCAUUCACACCCUUCGUCAUCGUCUUUACCCACGCAAUCACAACCGCCAGUACAGCAGAUCUCGCUCUGCUACAGGAUACCGCCAGCUCCCUAGAGCUAAUCAAAGGCCUUUCACGAGGGUCAAUGCAUUUAUACACUAUAUGUGACGCUUUUGUCCGGGCUGCUCAGAUACUUGUGAACUCACAACAGACACUAACCGGGCUGGAGCAACACCAAGAUGGAUCUCUUGUUAUUCCAACAACUGAUGGGCCCGGGAAUAUUGCCCUGCCAGAUGUUUCAUGGCCAGAAGAUACAUUUGACUCCACCAUGAACCAAGCAGACAUAUCCAUGUUUUUGAAUGGCUUCAUUGGCACUAACCGAUCGGUCAUGGAUAUUUUGAGUUUCGACCUUAAUAGCGAUUCAAUCCAAUGAAUACACCUUGCAUUCCUCUCACUGCUAAUUGUUGACCGUGGCUUUGAAGACCCGUUUCUCUCAGUCUCUUAUUUACGCCUAGUAGAUGGGAAGUUAGUCUGGACAAUAUACUCAGUGCCUUCCAAAUGCAUAUCAUCGCUAAUGUUGACGAAUAAGGCAACCACAUGGAGACACUUGACGACUUAUAAUGAUUCGAAAUAUUCCUAUAUACAGCUAGGAAACGUGGUUGGCAAACGCAGGUCAACAGAAUGGCAAGCCAAUGAAAGUGAGGCACGGUUUGGCCUUUAGAAAACUAAAAUAAGACGCCCUACCGAAAGGCCCAUCUCUUGAUUCCAAUGACUUAGAAGACAUACUUUUGUGGUGUUAGCUUGAUCACAACAGCAACUCGAGGAGACUUACCGGAAUGAACAGGUACGGGACCCUCCGCUCAUACUCGCGCCAAGCUUCUCCAUAUCUCUCGCGACAACGUUCAA